GGGGAGUCGUAGAAGAGAGGCACGGCAUAGCGGCGAAGGUGGCACGUUAGUAGUGCUGAGGAGAAGCGGCGCUCGGUACAUAUAACGCGCGCGAGUCUAUCGCGGUCUCCCCGAUAGCGAAACGAUCCCCGAUCCCUUGGCCUUUGUCGAUCGCGGUAAAGUGAACCUCGAAUGGAAUACGCGCGAGGAAUGUCCUUCUUUGAAAAUCGCGCUCGACCGGUGCUCCUCAGGAUGGGUUAAAACGCGUGUUCUUCGCGAGUGUGAAUUACAAUCAUUCGUCGAGAAAUCACUGAGUGACGUGACGUGACGUGACGUGACGUGGUCUAUUUUUCCGAAGAUCUUCCGAGGAGAGGUUUUAGUGAGAGAUAUUCAAACGGAUGACCCGUUCGUCCUUCGUUCUCUUCGUAAGAGAAAGAGAGAGAGAGAGAGAGAGAAAGAGAAACGUGUAGAGACUCCGAGGGGAAUAACGUAUUAUGUAUAUUGUAUUGUGUCCCCAAGUCGUCGGUAUUCUGGAAUCGUCUGCUCGUCGCGCUUGCGUUCAAGGCGAAUGAACUGCGUACGGCAAUGAUAGGUCUUCGCGACGCGGCGAUGCUCGAGUAAUGAGAAAGCUACGUGAUCGACCGAGCACGACCGGCAGUGAUAGAGAACGAGAAAGAAAGAGAGAGAAAAGAAAGAAAGAAUAUAUAUAUAUAUAUAUAUAUAUAUAUAUAUAUACACAUAUAUAUAUAUACAUAUAUAUUCAACCUCGACCUUUGCGUGUCGCGACUGUUGUAACAGCGUGCGGCACAACGCGACAUCUUCGUCACGUCACACGUAGAGGAGUCUUGAACAGUGCGCAACAUGUCGCAAUAACGAGAAGAGUCUCGCAAUGAAACGAGUCUAGUAUUAUUUAGGCUGCAACACUGUGGAAACGGAGUACCUUGUAACUUACCAAAUAACAAAUCUACUUAGUCGUCGUGCAAUAGUUCUCUCACGAUUUGAUUAACAAAUUUAUCUCAACGAAACGAUAAUUUGAUUAACCUCGCGAUAAAGAGAUUUCGAAUCGAUUCGGAAAGAAUCUAUCGAGGAUUUUAUUGGACCAAUUGACGAGAGUAUUCUCGAGCUCAACGAAGUUGAUUAUUAUCUCGUCUCAUGAUCGACUUCUCGAAAAACUGACUGCUAUUAAAUCGUCCAGGAGACGGAAUCAAGUUGACAUUAUCAACUGUCAAAGAAUUGUUCCGGAACCACGUGCUUCCUCGAUCGAUUUCGGAGCAAACUGUGCAUCGAACGCGCAACAAGUUGAAGAGCGAACACGUGGUGAACGCAACACGCGCGCAAAUCAAUUGAAGUGCCCAUCCUUACGUAAGACUUGGUGACGCAUGCAGCGAUAACUUUUGAUCGUCGUUCGACGUUGUCGCUGAUAAGAGAGCCGGGAGUUCGCGAGCGGGCAGACAAUAAAUCGAGAAGGAGUGAUCAGUCGAUUGCGAUUCGCGGCGCGAGGAUAUCUCGUUGCGAGAGUUUUCUCAUGAAGGAAAGCUGAGUGUCUUAAACUCGAAUACUUUUUUUUUUAUCGCGUCUCGAACAUCGACGACGAACUCGCGGGUCGAGUUUGACGGUUCAAGAAACUGUCUAAUAAUACAAAACUUUGAAUCGUGGAUUGGGAUCAUCGCAGAUGCUCGCGAUGUAGGCGACGUUACUUAUUAAAAUCGUACGAUACGGAGUGUCGGCGUUCAAGGAAACCUCGAAGAGGUUCUCUCAUCAGAGGACAUAAGGCGAACGCGGACGGGAUACGUUCCCUCGGAUACGGAAGAGAGGGGCUCACUUAAUUAUUAAGCGCGGCAGGGCGCCAAGCGACUUUGAAUGACCUUCGUAUUUUGCGGCUUCGUCUUCGACUCGUCGGACGAGAAGACGAGACAAAUGCCGGUCGCUUCGGAGGAAUGGGUGCCCCACCCGGGCGCCAAGAUAACCAGUUCCAUCACCACCGUCAAGGGUGCGACGAUACAGAGCACAACGACGGCCUGGAUGUCGCCCUACAGCAGGACGGCGCUAUCGGAUCGCGGAGGGCCCAAUCAUAAUAACAACAACAACAAUAAUAACGGUGUGGUUAUACUGGAUGGCUGUAGACCACCGGCGGCCACAACGGCCAGGAGAUUCUUUAGGUGGUUCAGCAGACUGGGACAACCACCGAUGGGCAAAUCAGGGGUGCUGGAGAUGGCAGCCACCGAGAGCACGAUCCGAUUUAGUGGCCACACGUUGGACAAGGCGACCAAGGCCAAGGUAACGUUGGAGAACUAUUACAGCAAUCUGAUAGCGCAACAUAUCGAGCGGAAGCAGAGGCUGGCGAAGCUCGAGGAGUCCCUCAAGGAUGAAGGCCUCUCGGAGCAGCAAAAGCAGGAAAAGAGGCUGCAGCAUGCCCAGAAGGAGACCGAGUUUCUCCGGCUCAAGCGAUCCAGGCUCGGCGUCGAGGAUUUCGAGCCUCUCAAAGUCAUCGGCAGGGGUGCCUUUGGCGAGGUGAGACUCGUACAAAAGAAGGACACCGGACACGUGUACGCGAUGAAGAUCCUCCGGAAGGCGGAUAUGCUCGAGAAGGAGCAAGUCGCACAUGUCAGAGCAGAGAGGGAUGUUCUCGUUGAAGCGGAUCAUCAAUGGGUCGUAAAAAUGUACUACAGUUUCCAGGAUCCUAUAAAUCUCUAUCUGAUAAUGGAGUUUCUACCCGGUGGUGAUAUGAUGACGCUGCUCAUGAAAAAGGAUACACUUUCCGAGGAGUGCACGCAAUUUUAUAUUUCCGAAACGGCUUUAGCGAUCGAUUCCAUACACAAAUUAGGUUUUAUUCAUAGAGACAUCAAGCCAGACAACCUGUUGCUGGAUGCACGGGGCCAUAUAAAACUCUCCGAUUUUGGGCUGUGUACCGGUCUGAAGAAAUCGCACAGAACUGAUUUCUAUCGGGACCUGAGUCAAGCGAAACCUUCCGAUUUUAUGACAUCGUGUGGGAGUGGAAGCGGCGGUGCGAUGGACAGCAAAAGAAGAGCCGAAAGUUGGAAGAGAAAUAGGAGAGCGCUGGCUUAUAGUACGGUCGGCACUCCGGAUUAUAUAGCGCCGGAAGUAUUUCUACAAACAGGUUAUGGACCGGCUUGCGAUUGUUGGUCCUUGGGAGUUAUUAUGUACGAGAUGCUUAUAGGCUAUCCACCGUUCUGUAGCGAAAAUCCACAGGAGACGUAUAGAAAAGUAAUGAACUGGCGAGAAACGCUGGUAUUCCCGCCGGAAGUUCCCAUUAGCGAAGAGGCUAAAGACACUAUCAUCAGAUUUUGCUGCGAAGCCGACAGAAGAUUAGGGGCACAACGAGGCAUUGAGGAACUCAAAUUGGCACCCUUCUUCCGCGGUGUCGAUUGGGAGCACAUUAGGGAAAGACCGGCCGCCAUACCGGUCGAAGUGCGAUCCAUCGACGACACAUCCAACUUUGACGAAUUUCCAGAUGUGAAAUUGGAGAUACCAUCUGCACCAAUGCCACAGGACGGCGAGGUAAUAUACAAGGACUGGGUAUUCAUUAAUUACACUUUCAAGCGCUUCGAGGGUCUGACACAACGGGGCACACCGACCAAGAAAUAGCAACCCCUCACUUCCUGCUCGAUCAUCAGCACCGCCGUCGCCAAUCAGCAGCCGGCUGAUAUGAUCGAAAUUCCGGCCUUGGUACAUCAUCCUCAUCCGACACCGUCUACGGCAAUGGUGUCGCGUAUGGCGGAUGGUUGACCUGUCUCGCUCUUAUUGUAUAUACGUGAUGAGCACAGAUUGAACGAGCGCAACGUUAUCACGAAUAUCGAUGAUCGCUACGACAGCGAGCGAUGAUGAACAGCUCAGUCAGCUAGACAGAGAAAGGAACAGAUUGAUACGGGAGAGUGAUAACGGUGCACAAAUAUCGCACGUCUUAUGCGUCGAUAACGGUGCGAUGCGCGAUAAAACGACGCAAACGAAGUCUUUCGUUGUGUAACUUAUGGUGAUUUUUGCAGAAAUGUUCGUCGAGGAUCAUUAUUCCUUACUUUUAUCGUGCUGCGGAGAAGGCGUUUUGUGCAAAGUGUAGCAUAAUAAGCUCUCUGUGGUAAUGGUAUUAAACGAAACGAUCAGAGGGAGCCUCGGUACCGUAGUCUCCUUACAGUUCACGUACUUCUUAUUUAUCUCUGCGACAUGCAUCGGAAUAAUAUUUUAUUGGAGAAAUGUAUACUCGUUAAAAGUAACGUUUUGGCUAAGCUCUCGAACCAAGCUCUCUUUUUCUCUUUCCUCUCUCUUUCUGUUCGAAUGUUGUAUUUAUAAUUAACUUUCUGUGAUAUAUGAAGUUGUUGAAAAUCUCUGCUAUCUUUGGACCUUCUUGUCUGUUAGCGGAUGCUUUAUUGAUGUUGUAUAUAUGUGAGCAAUUGUAUUUCAAUUUAUCAUGAAAAUUUAAGAGUUGUUGCAAUGUAAGUUGCGGAUGGAAUUUUAUAUUAUAUAUAUUUUCGCGCUACUUUUGAGAGCUUUGGCCUGUUUACGGAACCAAGGAAUUAAAUGGUACGACAAGCGCGAAAUCUUCAUCUAGAAAGUUUCUGAUAAGUUUUACACAUUUUAUCAUUAAGUGAUUUUAAUAUUAUGUAAUAGUACUCUUCGGGUACCGGGUCUCUCUCUUUCUAUCUCUUUCUCUCUCUCUCUCUUUAUCUCUACCUAUCUUUUUCUUAUAAGGCAAUAAUAAACAUUUUCAGUCGUGUUUUGAAUAAACACGAUAAAGGAUGCUAGGCUUUAAAAGAUACCGUAAAAAAGGCGUUAAAAAAAGGAGAAAGAAAAAUACACUUGUAAGAUUCAGGGCUCCUUCGUUGCCUUAUUAAGGUUCCUAACAAACAGCCCAACAAACCCGUACGUUUAAACGUGAAAUAGAUGAGCCAGACAAGCCAUUUUUCCGAAAUGGAAAAUGAUAAGGAAACGGAAUCGCAGUGUGUUGCGGCGAUAUGUAGAAAAUUGCAUACCCACAUAUACACAUACAUACACAGAUCGACACAUCCGUGUGUUUUAACACUCUGUGGAACCGGAUAUCUUUCCCUUUGAUUGCACUGUGAACAAUUUUACGAUUUACAUUUCGUAGUUUUGCUGACAUAGCCAGGGCACCUUGGUAAUAAAAUAGCGUAAAAACUUAACGUUAAAAACUAGGUAACACUUAAGAUAACAAACAUACAUACACACAGAAGUACCUAUACACUAAAAGAAAGGAGAUGCAUGUGCGCGCGCUCGAAACGUAAUUACAUUGUGGAUAAUAUAGUACAUGUAUAAAAACUCUCGACGCUCUUUCCUCGUAACGUUCCGGCGUGUUUCUAUUUAAUAAUCACGCUGCGUUGUAUAUUCGACGAAGAGAUUAGUUUCAUAUGACUCUACUCCACUUGCGUAUACAUAUAUAUAUAUAUAUAUAUAUAUAUAUAUAUAUAUAUAUAUAUAUAUAUAUCUUAACGCCGUUUACAGAGCGAAGUCUUCAUAGUCUAAACCAGAGAGCGCCUAGGUUACGUUGUACUACCAGUUAAGCCAGUGAUUUAAAUGAAGAGAAAAAAAAGAACAGAAAAUUAUCCACGAAGAAAGCUAGUAAAAAAAGAGAAAGGUAAGAACUAUUUUCUGCUAAUUAUGCUAGGAGUUAAAUCGAGUGUGACGUAAGCGGGGAAAGUUAAGGAGUUACGGAAUACCUUUAUAGUCUCUCCUUGUUGCCGUUGAGUACAGAUGCUCUAACGUCCAUGCUACUAAGUAAAAAGAGAAAAAAAAACGAAGAAAUGAUGACGCAAUUUAUUUAUUUAAAGAGAAAGUUUAAAUAAAUGAUACAACAAUAGCCACGAGAUGCCUUUGACGCAACAAGUUUCGGGUGCCCUGGAACACAGUGCAUAUAUAUGUAUAGAGGAUAUUCCAAAAUCAUCGAAUGUUUUUUUAAGAACAGUUCUCGCUUUUAAUUUAGAGGUGAUUUUUCUUUAGCAAAAAUGAUGACGCAUCAAUAAUUCCUGAAAUAUAAAUUUAUUUAAAAAUAAUUUACUUUAAUAGAGAAUUUCAAGCUUAGUUACAAAAAUAUAUAUGGACAAAAUUGGAAACUUGCAAAAAACGACGAUCUCCCUUGAUAUUUUCAUAAGAAAAAAUUGUUUUCAGAUUGGCCAAAGAAUUUAUUAAAAAGGCAUUUGGUAGUUUUGAAAUAACCUAUAUAAGUAUAUAUAUAUGUAAAAAAAAAAAUAUAUAUAUAUAUAUAGAUAUCUUUUAGCAAAGAGAGAGAAAAAUGUAAUAAUACGCGCUAAAUUUAGAUAUUAAAUUAGAUGUGCGCUGAUUCGAAGUCAAGAUGGAUGUAGAUUUUUCUUUUUUUCUUUUCUCUUUUUUUUUUUGAAGACGAGAAAAAAUGAAUAUAUGAUAUAGCGGUUGGUGACGAGAUGUAUGUACGCACGUACCGAGCUACUACACAUUCGAUGUAAUUCUGAGGACACGCGAGAAGGAAAUCUCCAAGUAGAUUUAACGAUAUUGAUUAUCGAUGUACACUGUAAAUAUUAACGAGGCAACUAAAUGUUAUUAAGAAAGGCAAGGCAGUUUUGAGCUCCGGUGUUUAAUUGGUUACCGUUGUACUGCCAUCUUCGACUUUUUAUUGUCGUAUAUCGCGCAUGAUGAAUCAUAUUACGGGUGUGUUAAACGUACGGUAUAUCAUCCAAUUUCACGUUUUUGCUCGUGUUUAUGCUAGUGUUCUUAUAUCAUUGUACGCGACUACUGAUUAGUUGUUAAUUUACGGUUAAUUUAAAUGAAAGAAACCGCGAUAGAUCUCUCCUAGCUAAUUCUUACUAAUUAGGCAUUAAGUCACCUUUUCCUCGGCAAAGAGCCUUUUUCUUUCUAUUUCUUUUUUUCUUUCUUUUUUUUUUUCGUCGGAUAUAGAUCGCUUCCUAGAUGACUUUCGAUGAUUUGAUAUGUCCGGAGCUUUCGCUUCCUAUUCGCGUCUUCUUUUGUCUCUUUCCUUUUCUCAUAGCUGUCAUCUUUUCAAGUCAGAUUAUGCGAUUUCUUUCUGUCGCGAUACGUAGAAUUGUCGAUCAUGUAAUAUCAUGCAUAUACGAUUAAUCACACGCACACGUACGUAUAUCGAUCGCGUGUGGCAAGACGAAACAAUCAUUUCUUCGUGUUCGAAUAUGUUCGCUGUCGUUCUUCCGAAUAUAUCGAUAUUUUACGCCUGGAUGAGCAAUGUCUUAAAAUCAUAAAUGCUAAAAUUCACUGAUUGAAUUCUGAUUGUUCGCUUUGGGUGCUUGUGCUUAUUUUUUAUCAAAUGCAGUUUUUAUCAAAAUAUAUUGAAAUGCACAAAAAAAUUUUCAUAAGAGCGACCGUCAAUUCUCUUCCCACUAAAGAUGAAACAUAAAUAUUGUAUUGCUUUCGAUGAUACGAAAGUCACUUCUCGAGUGAGUUGUUUAUCAUUUAUUGCAUUCUAUGUAUUACUCAUCCAGGGUCAAAGGGGAUCGUAUAACACGCGAUGACGGUCGCCCGAACACCUCAUAUGCGAAAUAACGAUUUGCGCAAAGUAUGGGUAAACAUUUUGUAAUAAACAAAAGUUAUGUAAUUGUAUAUUUGUAACACAUUUUAUAAUAUUUAUCAUUUUACAACAGAAGCUUGCACGGGGGCUGAGACGUGAUAAAAUUUAGAAGAAUAAAAUGAGUUUUUCUAUUUAUAUUAAUACUGAAAAUGUUUUCACAGUAUCUAAAUUACAAAAAAAUCUACGUAUAUAGAAUCAUUAUAAAUAGAUAUAUAUAAUAUCUUUUUUGACGUUCACAAGAACACAAAAAUUCGAUGCAUGUCUAAAGAAAAUGCCUAAAGAAGAUGUUUGGACAUCUUUUUCAGAGUUUUAUUUGUGUCUUAUCCUUUACAUUUUACAUCAUCUUAUUCUUACAUUUUAAUGUCUCAAUCCCGCUUUACAUUAAUGCGCAAACCGUUGAAUCGCACACGGGUCACUCAAUCGGGUAUCCCGAUGUGCAUUAGCCGAAAAAUCGCAAUAAUAUCAGCGUUUUCGCUUAAAAUAUAACGGAAGCAGACGCGUGUGUCACGAUAUGCGAACUAAAUGAAUUUUCUUAUCGGGGAUACGAGUGUUAUCUGUCACUGUAACUGCAUUAAUGUUCCGUAGCAGCGCGGCUUAAUUCAUUUCCUUUUCACCGUUCGUUUUUGUACAGUGAUUUAGCUGAAUUUUAUAUAAGCCAGAUUUAGGAUAGCAUUAUUAAUAGGUAGAAAUUCUUCACGAUUAAUCCCAUUCACAAGCAUAGCGAUAGCAGAUUAUUGUUAGAUAUGGCCAGUUUCGCGCGUUGUUAGUCUACGGUGACUAGAUAACAUGGUACAAACGAGUGCAAUGAUGCUGCAACGCUCCUGUCAUUCCUAAAUAGGCGAUCUUAAUAUGAAAGAAAUAUAGAGUCGAAUACAAUUUUUGAAAAUGUUUCGGGAGUCCGUGGAUAUGCCUUGUAGAAAUAUAUCUGAUUUAUAAAAUAAUUAAUUUAUAAAUAUUUUUUUCGAGCUUUACCUAUCCUUUAGAAUGUAGAAAGCAAAUCAAAAACAUCGCCAAAGUUGCUAGACAUUCUAAAAAAAAAAAUAAAAAAAAUUACGAAUAGUUAAAUAUUAAAUUUAAGAUUUGUUUUAGAUCAUUGGCUUUAUAAAUUAGAUUAAAUACUAUCACAUUAUUUUCUUAACGGAAAACUUUAGGAGUCUGAUAUAAGAACAUAAAGGGGGUUGUAUUAUUGCACUCGAUUGUGCGGGGACAGAUUUUUCGUCGAGUAAAUUUGUACCAGAUGGUAUCCGGCCGUUGUUUGUGGCUUGCCGUGAAACGUUCGCGCUCAUUUUAAAAACGGCUACACGCAAAACAAACAAAAAAUCGUCGCAAUUGUUUUCGAAGGGAGAAGACUGGAAAACGAACUACACGCGCGGCGGACGAGGUAUAUCGAGUGCGGAUAUUUUAUAGUAGGCUUGUGAUUAAAUUGAGGAAUUAUUGUCGAACGGUCCGAGAUAAAAUAAAAAAUGAUGUAUAAAGAGAACAAAAAUAUUGCUUUCCACACGCAGAAUAUACUAUUGUAAUUAUGUCGUUAAUAAAUUGUUUUUUAUUUUAA